CUCACCACCUUUUUCAUAAUUAAUUUCCCUCUCCAAUCUUCAUCCCUUCGUGGUGUAUAUAUAACACAUACUACACCUCUCCAUUUGCUCUCUAAUAUUAUUCCGUUCAAACAAAAGAAAAACAAGACGAGAUGGGAAACUGCAUAAGGCAUGAAUCGUCUAUGUGGGCAGGAGAGGAUUGGGGGAGUCUAGCAAAUGGAAUGAACGGUGACGGUUAUUGCGAUGGUGAUCAAGCAAACAUAAAGAUCAUGAAGAGGGAGAAGAACCAGAUUGAAGAAGCAAGCCAGAGGGAUUCAUGUUGUUCUACAACAACAACUAGUAACAGUAGUAAAAUUGGUGCAGCAACAGAGCUGAAGAUCAAGAUCACAAAGAAGCAGUGGGAAGAGUUGUUGGGCAAGGUGGAGUUUAAGCAAACGUCAGUUGAGCAGGUUUUGGCUCAGUUGAUUGGGGUUAGUGAUGGCUAUGAGACCCAGUUGCAAAGGUCUUGGAGGCCUGCUCUUCAAAGCAUUCCUGAGGUCAAUUAAUUUUUCCUUUUGUAUAUGUUAAUUAUGUGGUUUUUGUUAACAUACAUGUUCCAAAGGUAAUAUCAAAGGGGGGAUGUGGGGAAGAGUAAUUAGCUUUCUUAACAUAUUUUGUUCAAUAUUAACGUACAUACUCUAGAAUUCAGAAAGAAAGGAAAAGACCCAAAUUUUUGUUUUACCUCUCUCUCUCGCUCUCUCUCUCUCGGUGAUACAAGGAGGAGGACGGCCCUAGCUAGUCCCCUCAUGGCUAGCUUUGCUUCAAUCAUGGAAGAACAACUUACAUUCAACGAGUUUACUAUUAUUAAGAUGUCUCGAUCUAAUAAUGCAAUGUUAAAUGGAGUAAAAUUUACACAUUGAACUAUUGGGUCGAAAUGCCACAACGACAGUGAGCCCGUUCAAUGCACUUUAUUCUCCUCCAUAGAUAUAGCUAGGAUUCAUUUCUAACCAUUUCAUUAUAAGAAACAGCCUCCUCUUAAUUAUAAAAGGGACCCAACAACUAUCUUUUGCUACAAGAGCAGGUGGCUGUGAGUAAUUGUGACCAUUUUUAUUUGGUAAAGUUCCCCAACAGAUUGUUAAAGAUUAAACCCAAUAAAAGAUUAAAGAAAGUUUGCUUAGAAGGAAUAGUAAAAAAGGGCCCAAGACAAUCCCCAAAACUAAGUAUAUGGUUCCUUAUGAAACCUAUAUUACUAAACUAAUACAACUAAAGCACUGGUUUGAUUAGGAAACAAAAUGCUCUUUGUACUGUUUAUUGACAAAAGAAUACUCCAUUCCAUUUCAGUAAGACUUACCGUUGUCUCAAACAUGUAAAAUAGAGUGUUGUUAUAAAUCACAUCAAUAACCACAUCUCUAAUAUAGACAAGCACGAGUACCCCACGCAUGUAAAUAGAAACAUUCCUCUUAUAAAAAAGGCUUGCUCUAAACCAAAGUCUAGAGUCAAGAACCCACAUUGGACUCUUCUAUGCCAACAAAAGUACUUAGUAUCUAACCAAAUUAAUUUAAGGGAAUUUUUGUUGACACCUAUUACUUGAACGGGAAAAACACCGAAUAACCUCACUUAUUGUGGUAAAAAAAAAUUCGCUCAUCGAUCUCAAAUAUUAUGAGUGCUGAUCAAGGUAUAAAAUAUCGAUGAUAUCGGAAAU